UUGUUUCAACUUCGUCACAACAAUCAGUUUAUCGAAGUCCUCACUUUAUUGGUCACAGUGGGCACUACCGAGGCAGAGCUUGUGUUGUCGACUACAUUCACCAAUAAUGUACAGGGUGCUAUGGUUUUUUUAUCUUGUGGUGUCACCAGUAGUUUUGGGUUCCUGGUCAGAUGACGAGGUGCAAGCACAGCGGGCACCUCCCCGGGGCAGGUUCCACGUGUCCAAGCGACACAUGGUGCAGGGGAGCAUGAGGGCACCUGGGCAGAAGAGGCCGUUGAGCCGUGAGGGCAGGAAGAAGCCCUCAGGGCACCUCACACCACUUGAAGAAGACGACAUGGAUAACGAAGAAGUAGUGUCAGUGGCCAUCAACCCUCCUCCUGUCAGGAGAAUAGACAAGAUCGCUCGUAAACCUGCACGACUCGACAAGCAGAAACCGACCAAUCAGGACACAGCUGUAGCAAGCUCUUCUGCAGCCGCUGAAUUACUCAAAAACGUCCUUAUUCAGCUAGGCAAAGAGUUCAUGUUGAAACAAACGGAUGAAAACUUUGUCUUUGGCCAGUAUGUAAGCGGGACUAUGAGAAACAUGACUACUAAUAUGAGGAUCAAGAUGCAGCAUGAUAUCUUAGACCUUAUUGUAAAGUAUCAGAAGGCUAGAUUUGGUUUGGGUAAUGAAACGGUGGCGACGGCAGUGACAGUCAAAGUUGAUAAAAAAGCGAACGAUACCGAUGAAUUGGAUUUCUCUAGUUUAUCUAAGUUUGUCGGAUAGUGUAUUUACUAUAUUAUUUACUAUUUGUUAUGUAUUUACUACACAACUGCCUUCGGUCAAGUUUUAUUUAUAAGCAUAUUACCUACCUAUAAAAAGUAAAUGAAAUUAUUCUAUAAAAUAAUUAUGCUCUUAAAUUUUGUGAAUACCACAAACGGACCAAAUAAAAGUAAAGAAAAUCAUAUUUUUAUUCGAGAAAUUCAAAAGCAAUUAGUACUUUGUGCCACUCAGAAUAUCCGGACUCUAAUUAGAAGGCAGGGGGAAACUUUUUUUUCAUUGAAAUCUUAGUUAGGUUGCAAACACAUUUGGAGCAAAUUUAUUUUGUUCUAUAAUAUCCUUUGCAAAAUAAUAUAUCAGUGUAAGAACGUUUAUUAUAAAUACACAUUCUAUUUCCUUGGAAUAUUAUCUGAUUCAAUAUUUUAUACAUUUACUAGAAACUUUAUACAAUUCCUGCAUUCCAACAAUUCCCUGUAACAGAUACACAUUAUCUUUUACUUAACUUUUGUAUUCGUCGCGUAGCUGAUUAAAAUUUGUCAAUUGACUCAUCAGUAGUACAAAAUUUAACUCGCUCGGUGUUCCCCUACUUUACCUUUCAAAAACGCUCGUUAAUCUUGAUUUAUUAAAAUUAAUCCGAGUCGUAAUUGGCGGGAAGUUGGACGGCGCAGCAAUGGCCGCGCGAUCCGAACUCAUAAAUAAAAUAAAACUUUCUUUGUUGUGUUUUCGAUAAUUAGUUUAGUUACCGAGUUUGAUUUAGGUACUCUUAUAAUAUAGAGUAGGUACAUCUGUCAAUGCCGGUCUUUGGUCUUCUUGACGUCUUUAGGGGAGAAAUAUAGUUUUCAAAUUGACGA